AUGCUGGGACAGAUGGCAGCGCACAGGGGGGAGGGGGGCGACGGUGCAGAGGCUGUGAUUGAUGCUGGAAGAGGGGAUGCUUAUAACGGGGAUGCGUUCAGAGAGUCGGAGAUGACCGGUGGGGAUGCGUUGGAGGCGAUGGCUCGUCCACCCAGGCCUGAAAACCCAUUCUUCACCCCACAGAACCGCUGUUGCUCACAGUGCUCCCAGCCCCCACGCCUUCCACUGGCACAAGGGUUGAUGCCCCAGCAGUACCUUGCCCCUUUGUUUCACACUGCUCCCCGGCCCUUUCCCACCUCCAUCAUCCAUCGCCUAUCCUCAUCCCUUCCCCCCAUUUCCUUCCUCCAUCCCCUCCCGUCAUCCCCUUCCCCCAUUCCCUCCGCCAUCUCAAUGCCCCGGCCCCUUUCUCCAUCCCUUCCUCUCAUCCCUCGCCCCAACCCCUCCCUCGGCCCAACCCCUCCCCCCAUCCCUCGCCCCAUUCCCCCCCUCAUCCCUCGCCCCAUUCCCCCCCUCAUCCCUCGCCCCAUUCCCCCCCUCAUCCCUCGCCUCAUCCCCCCCCCAUCCCUUCCUUUGGCCCCUCCCCUCAGACUGGGCCUGGGCGCUCGCUUUGUCUCGCACAGCCAAGCCAUGGGCGCUGGGGGCACUGGGGGAGGAGGAAGGGGAGGGGGAGGGGGAAGAGGAGGGGGAGGCAGGGGGGGAGGAGGGGGAGGGGGAGGGUGGGGGGAGGGAGUGGCACAGGGGAGAAGGGAGGAGGAGAUAGUGGGAGGAGUGGGAGAUGGGGAUGGGAGUGACGAUGGCGGGGAGGAGAGCCGGGCAGGGCGGUUUGGGAGGAGGGGCAGCACAGGCAGUAGUGUGGAGGCAGCUGUUGGGAAGAAGCGUAAGAGCAAAGGGUAG